AAGUUCAUUUGCCUCUGGAAUUUUUAAAAGCCCAAAUGUCAAAUUCGUGUCGUCAUGGAAACCACGUUUUGUUUAUCAAUAUUCAAAAAGUGUGGUUUAGUCGAUAAAACGAGUUAAUUUCAAAGCACAAGCAGAAACCAUGACUGAGUCUCUGAAAACACAGUUUGAGGCGAACCCUCGUACGUUCCUUGAGCAACAUAUCACCGCUUUGCAAAGCGAGUCUAAGAUGACUCGAAAACAGGCCCUAGUUAAAAUGAAGGAAGAAAUAUUUGAGAACCCGGAGCACAAAGAUUGCGACUUGACUGUCGUGUUCCCAGAGGUGUACGCUUACGUCCUGAAGAGUUUCGCUGAUUCCUCUGAGGCUUGUCGGGAGACAGCAGCGGCAAUAAUCUCUAACUUCAUUAGCAAGCUCCCGCUGAACGAUUAUUAUUUAACGUACAUUUUACCAGUUCUCGUCCGUCGGGUUGGUUGCCCAGAGAUUGUAGAAGAAUCUGAAGAGAUUCGUUUAGUCUUAGUAGAGCUAGUUCACCAGAUAAUUAUCAAAUACAAUGUGACCCAUCUCCUUAGUCCGUUUAUCAAUGAUUUCACAAGCAUCUUAGCAAAGACCAGCACGGACCCUUAUCCGAAGGUGAAGCUGGAGGCCUGCAAGUGCAUCAUCCUGCUGUCGAGGACCCUAGCUCGGGAUUUCCACUUCCAGAGUGAAAGUUAUGUGAAACCGGUACUGUCUAACUUUGCUCAUCAACAUUAUAAAGUUCGGGUGGCAUCCAUUAGGGCUAUUGGAGCAACAGUGAUAGCAGGAAACGCAAAGUGCUUUGAGCUGUCCAUCACCCCAAUGGCCGAGAAGCUCUUUGAUGAGAACAGCCAAGUUCGCAUGGCAGUCACUGAGGAGGUCGGCAACUGGAUGCUGAACUACCGUGACCGGUACUCGUUCUGGCAUCGCAUGAUUCCUCUGCUGUUGACUAGCAUGAGUGAUGUAAUAGAAAACAUCAGAGAAACAGCCUCAAAACUCUGGACCGAUAUUGGCCUUCAAUACAUGGAGGAAAAUGAAGAGGAUCUCAAGAAAAGAACAGAUUUUCUCAAGGAUGUGCCCACCCACUACCCUGACGUGAAGAGACCCAAUCUCGGCUGCAGGCAGCUGGUGCAAAGUAAUAUUGGGAAGAUUGUGCCGGCUAUUGGGAGAGAAAUGGAAGGCUGGCAGGCAGACGCGCGUCUCCGCGUAGCUCAGCUGCUCUGCUGGCUGAUACUGUGCGCGGAAGAAGGGUCCACGCAACACGCCAACACCAUCGUGCGGACGCUGCACCGAGGCGCUAGUGACGAUGAUGACCGAGUUAUUCUAGAGAUAAAACGCGCCGCAGAGCUAUUCGGCUACUUCAUCAGCCCCGACACCUGGUGGCCCCUCUUGGAAGCGGAGAUGGACUCGUGGGGAGCUCUCAUCGUCCUGGCGAAUAUCAUCAAAGGCUCGCAAAAGGACCAGGUGCUGCCGAAACUGAAGGACAUAUUCAAGGAGCUGGCUGAUCCGGACAGGUGUAGGGUUAGAAAGGAAAAAUACCAAAAAGGUUUGCUGUACGUGUCGGAAGCGGUGCUGGACCUUUGCGGCGAGGACUGCCAAAGAGUAGCCGAAGAGUUGUUCACCGUCAACUUCACCGUCUACGCUAUGCCUGUGGACGAUAAGGCUCAGUUCAUGGCUUUAUCGAACCUGGACAAGCUCCGUUUUGCAGAGAAUUGCGGGCGUACUCUCACCACACUUUACGAGAAGCAUAUUCGCCACAUACUGGCCGCUAUCACCUCUGAUGCCUUGACUUGGACGCUGCUCACUCCAGAUAGGUGCCUUCUAGAAUGUAUUCUGAUGAAUACUGGUUCAGCCAUGUCGUCCAACCUUCACCUCAUAGCGCCGCUCCUGAAGGAAUGCCUGGCCACCCCCAAAGUGGACCCCGAGGUGAAACUGAAGAUGUUCACGGCGCUGUCCACCGCGCUGCUGCGCCGGCAGGACAACUUCAGCAAGUGCAGUGGGGAUAUACUGGAGGCUUUCUUGAAAAUUAUCAUUGAAGAGGUGAUUCUGGCGAAUUUGGUGUGGGAGCCAGGGCGCACUGCAGAAGCUAUCCGCACGGCCGCCAUAGCCUGUUUGUGUUCAGCGUUGCAAGAGAACCCUCGCAACGAGCUCGAGACCGAAAGCGGAGCUGAUGGCGAUAAGCAAGACAAGGACAAAGAAGUGAACCUAUUCCCGACCAAAGAAUCCCUGGAGCCAUUCCUAGAGCAAAUAGUCCCGCUCGUCAACGGCCUACUGGAUGACAAUUCUGCAUUGACCAGACAACAUACUCUUCGAGCUACCUGCUGUCUGGCCACGUUGGCUACGCGUCGCGGCUGCUUUACUGCUGAGAUAUUACACAAGCUAUACUUUGGAGUGCUGAAGCGUCUCGACGACAGCAACGACAAAGUCCGCUCCUUCGCCGUACAAACCCUCACCACUCUGUUCAAGAACCGUCCCGUCCCGUACGACACCAUACUUUACAACGCACACAUAGACGCCACCUACAGCGCUAUGCUUAUACACCUGGACGACACUAGUGAGGAGUUCCGCAAGGAGAUGCUGGAUGCCCUCAUUACACUAAGUACCAUCGACCCACCGCUCCUCAUGAAAAAAGUGAAAGCUAAUAUUCAGCUGUACCGAAAUAAGGCCGCCUAUGAACGACUGUCUAGCCAUAUCGAGAAGAUAUUGAAGUCUUAGUUUAAUUUACAUUUUAAGUUUUACCGUUAAUUUCCAUGUAGGCAUGAUCCUACAAGAAAUGAGACCUAAGGAAACCCGCUACAGGAUUCAAUUACCUAGUAAUAGUUUGUUUUAGUCUGUUAUUUUGACUAUACAAAAUACUAAAUUAUUUGAAUGCAUUAUUUUAUGAAAUUGAGCAAUAUUAAUUUGCGCUAUUAU